CAAGGAGAGACGCAGAGAGACGUGGAGAGACUAAGCAAGAGGCGAGCAGGGUGUGAGACAAGGACAAGCUUGGCCGCCCCUGGAGCCCCAGCCCCGCCUUCAUGCCUGGCAGGUGCCCCACCUGGCCAGUCCUCCCAGGUCCGCCUCAGCCCGCGCUGCAGGUGAUCUGAGUCAUAGGCCCCAGGUGACUCUUGAGGAACGUCUGCAGAAGAGAGGAUGGCCCAAGUCCUGCACGUGCCGGCCCCCUUCCCAGGGACCCCCGGCCCAGCCUCCCCGCCCGCCUUCCCUGCCAGGGAGCCUGACCCACCAUACUCCGUGGAGACGCCCUACGGCUACCGCCUGGACCUGGACUUCCUCAAGUACGUGGACGACAUCGAGAAAGGCCACACGCUCCGGCGUGUGGCUGUGCAGCGCCGGCCCCGCCUCGGCUCGCUGCCCCGGGGUCCCGGCUCCUGGUGGACAUCCACCGAGUCUCUGUGCUCUAAUGCUAGCGGGGACAGCCGCCACUCGGCCUAUUCCUACUGUGGCCGCGGCUUCUACCCGCAGUAUGGCGCCCUGGAGACCCGAGCCGGCUUCAACCCGCGCGUGGAGCGCACACUGCUGGAUGCCCGUCGCCGCCUGGAGGACCAGGCGGCUGCUCCCGCCGGCCUGGGCUCCCUGACCCCCAGCGCAGCAGGCUCCACGAGCUCCUUGGUGGGUGUGGGGCUGCCACCGCCGACCCCACGGGGCUCGGGACUGUCCACGCCUGUGCCUCCUAGCGCCGGGCACCUGGCCCAUGUGCGGGAGCAGAUGGCAGGUGCCCUGCGGAAGCUUCGGCAGCUGGAGGAGCAGGUGAAGCUGAUCCCCGUGCUCCAGGUGAAGCUCUCCGUGCUACAGGAGGAGAAACGGCAGCUCACAGUCCAGCUCAAGAGCCAGAAGUUCCUGGGCCAUCCCACGGGGGCCCGAGCCCGCAGCGAGCUCUGCCUGGACCUCCCAGAGCCCUCCGAGGACCCGGUGAUGCUCGAGACCCGGAGCGUGGGCACCUGGGUCCGGGAGCGGGACUUGGGGGUGCCUGACGGGGAGGCAGCCCUUGCCGCCAAGGUUGCCGUGCUGGAGACCCAGCUCAAGAAAGCACUCCAAGAGCUGCAGGCAGCUCAGGCUCGGCAGGCUGACCCCCAGCCCCAGGCCCGGCCACCACCAGACAGCCCCAUCCGCGUGGACACUGUCCGGGUGAUAGAGGGCCCUCGGGAGGUGGAGGUGGUGGCCAGUACUGCCACUGGGGCCCCUGCACAGCGGGCCCAGAGUCUGGAGCCCUAUGGGACAGGGCUGCGGUCCCUGGUGACAUCUGGAGGGGUCGAGAGCCCUGCUGUGUUCCGGAGCCAUGAGGUGGUAGAGACAGUGUUCCCAGCAUCCACUGCGCCCACUGGCAACGUCCACCUGGUGAAGAAGAUAAGCAUCACGGAACGAAGCUGCGAUAGGACUGCAGGUGUGGAAUCAGGCUGUUGGCUCUUGGAGCCAAGAUGUGAAAGAGAAGAGGCAGGCUGUUGGCACAGAGGGCUCCCGCAGGCUCCAGCGGAGGCCUCCUCGUCACCCCCAGGGGUGGCGGCGACCCCUCCAGCACAGCCUGAGAAGAGCACGGGUGGAGGGGGCACCCGCGAGCCUGCUGACACAGAGCCCACCAGGCACGUGGCCUCGCACGGUUCAGAGGCGGUGGGGGGCGCAGGCGAGCCCCCGGCAGGUGUGCGGUCCAUUAUGAAGCACAAAGAGGAGCCCGCAGACGCCGCGGCCCACCAAAGGAGCCUGCAGUUUGUGGGGGUCAAUGGCGGAUACGAGUCCUCAUCUGAGGACUCCAGCACGGCAGAGAACUUCUCAGACAACGAGAGCACAGAGAACGAGGCCCCAGAGCCAGCGGAGAGGGUCCCAAGUGUGGCCGAAGCCCCGAAGCUCAGGCCCUCGGGGACAGCAGUGGCCAAGAGCAGCCAGGAGGAGCGCCAGCCGUCUCUGGAGAGUCAUCAGUUGCCCGGGGUGGAGGGAGCGGCAGGAGCGAGUGCAGAAGAGGAGAUCCGGAUGGAGCUAAGCCCCGACCUCAUCUCCGCCUGCCUGGCCCUGGAAAAGUACCUGGAGAACCCCAAUGCCCUCACUGAGCGGGAGCUGAAAGUGGCCUACACCACGGUGCUGCAGGAGUGGCUGCGCCUGGCCUGCCGCAGCGACGCCCACCCCGAGCUCGUGCGGCGCCACCUGGUCACCUUCCGGGCCAUGUCCGCGCGCCUGCUGGACUACGUGGUCAACAUUGCCGACAGCAACGGCAACACGGCGCUGCACUACUCUGUGUCCCAUGCCAACUUCCCCGUGGUGCGGCAGCUGCUGGACAGCGGUGUGUGCCAGGUGGACAAACAGAACCGUGCUGGCUACAGCCCCAUCAUGCUCACUGCUCUGGCCACCCUGAAGACCCAGGAUGACCUUGAGACGGUCCUGCAGCUCUUCCGUCAUGGAAACGUCAAUGCCAAAGCCAGCCAGGCGGGGCAGACAGCCCUGAUGCUGGCGGUCAGCCACGGGCGGGUGGACGUGGUCAGGGCUCUCCUGGCCUGUGAAGCGGACGUCAACGUGCAGGAUGACGACGGCUCCACAGCCCUCAUGUGCGCCUGUGAGCACGGCCACAAGGAAAUCACGGGGCUCCUGCUGGCUACACCCAGCUGUGACAUUGCACUCACUGACCGUGACGGGAGCACGGCUUUGAUGGUGGCCUUGGAUGCCGGGCAGAGUGAAAUCGCGUCUAUGCUCUACUCCCGCAUGAACAUCAAGUGCUCAAUUGCCCCAAUGUCUGAUGACGAAAGUCCUGCAUCAUCCUCGGCUGAAGAGUAACCAGGAGGGAGGCCAGAGGCAGCGCCGCUCAGGGCCAGCCAGCCCCAGAGCCAACCGUCCCUCGACCUUCGUCGCUUGUCUCCUUCCUCACCAGCCCCCAGAGAGACCUAUCAAGGCCCACGUCUCAAAGGCAAGUGGGUUCUUCUUCUGCUUCCCAGGAGGAGCCCUCGACAGCAGCAAGACUGCAGCCCAAAGAGGGUUUUUCCUGGUAUGCCAGUUCAAAGCCGCCGCAGCGCAGACUGAAGCGAAAUUCUUCCAUAAAUUGGCGCCAGUGGCCGAUGCCGGGGCGUGGGUUUAUGAAGAACAGGGAGAACAAUCAACUGGCAAUUAUGGACGGAGCAGGGUGAAAGGGAAAAUCCUGUAUUUUUGAGUCAUUAUCAGGGGAGGGGAGGAAAUCAUAUUCCUUGUUGCCAAAUUUGAAAGUCACUGGAAUCGCAUAUUUUCAUUUUAAUCCUGAAUGUUGCUAUGCACGGGUCACGUCUGGAGUGCCUUAACGCGCCCCCUCCCCCAUCCCACCCCACAUUUAAUUGUCUGCCGUAUAAUAGUGUUUUGUCCGCUCCCCCCAGACCGCUUUCUUGGGAGAAUUUCCUUCUGGUCUCUUCGCAAAACAGAUUCUGUCCUUGUCACUCAGGGCAGGAAGCUGAGUCCUUCCUUCUGCUUUCAAGUAAGAGGGCUCAGGACCCAGCAGCCGAGAUGUGUGAGCCGUGGACACCGAUAAAAUCACCCAGAAACCAAUCCCCUCCCUGCGUGGAGGCCCUGCCACAUAUUAAUUUUCCUCGAAAAUCCUGCAGGCCUGGGGAUGCAGGAAAUGAAUCGGGUUUCCAGAGCAGCUGCUGAGUCCCUGGACUUAGAACCCUGGUAACAGGGCCGCCCUCUGGCUCCCCAGACCCCAGAAUUUCUCUCGUCAAAGGGCGGGGGGGGGGGGUGGACAGAGCAUGCGCACGCUGUCCAAGCGGAGGGCAAGCUGCGAAAACUCCCAUGUGUGCACAAUUACAAGUUGGCUGCCCCCGAGGGCUCCCAGCGCACACUUAAAGAGACAGGGCUUUGCCGAAAACCAAACAAGGACCGGCUGGAGGUUUUUGUUUUGGGGGCUUUUUUAAACAACCUACAGGCUUUCCGGAGCUGCCUGGCACAGAGCCUGCUGGAAAUAGGGCUCGCCAGACACACGCAGUUUCCUCCAUGGCCUGUUCUGCCCCCCAGAAUCUUAACAUCAUUUUCUUUCCAGUUCCUUUUGUGAACCAAAAAACAAACAAACAAAAAAAACCCACGGUAGGGGAUAGCUUCAGAACCUUGAGAAGUGCCUUAUGACAGGGAGUUGAGGUCCCCAGCUCAUAGGGGUCCCGUCCUCUCUCGGCCGGGUCUCUGCGCUCAGCCGCCAGUGACGGAGCCAAACCACAGCCCUGAGUGCUCGCGUUCAUUCAGUAAAGCGGGGCGCUGGCUGCUCUCUAGAAAGGGGGGUUUCUUGGCUUGAUGGACUCUGGCUUGCUUUGAUUGUGACUGAAGGGAGGUACUGGACACAAAAGAGCUUGGAAGGUCGAAGGGUUGCGUGUGCGCAUGCGCGCGCAUGUAAGCCAGAGAGGGCACAAAACCAGAGCGGACCGGGGACGACUGGGGGCGGCUUUGAAAAGUGGUACCAGAGUUGUGUGCCUGUGUAUCUGGCCCCAGAGCCAGCAGUGAGGUUUAUUUUAAGCUCCUGGAAGCUGCUCAUUGACAAUCCCCAGCCGCCACCCCCCCCCACCCCCAGAUAAGUCCGCAUUUAUCUCUGCUUUCCCCUCCCCUGCUGGUGGGGCUUAGUGUGCUCCAGGAAGGUCCCGCCCCCACCCCCGUGCUCUUCUCACAUGUAUUCAUGACCUUUAACUUCACUUUUCUGACCACGGUACGUCCAUAAAGACAGUAUUACACUUAAAUGAAGUAUUCCUUUUUGUAAUCGUGUUGUAGAAGGUAAAGGAAUUUAAUAAAGCUAUCUUAUGAUACCGUC